UGCCGGUGACCGCCGUGUGCCUGGGCCUGUUCGCCGUCGGAGUCAGCGGCAACGUGGUGACCGUGCUGCUGGUCGGGCGCUCCCGCGACAUGCGGACCACCACCAACCUGUACCUGGGCAGCAUGGCCGUGUCCGACCUGCUCAUCCUGCUGGGGCUCCCCUUCGACCUGUACCGCCUGUGGCGCUCGCGCCCCUGGGUGUUCGGGCCGCUGCUCUGCCGCCUGUCGCUCUACGUGGGCGAGGGCGGCACCUACGCCACGCUGCUGCACGUGACGGCGCUCAGCGUGGAGCGCUACCUGGCCAUCUGCCGCCCGCUCCGCGCCCGCGUCCUGGUCACCCGGCGCCGCGUCCGCGCGCUCAUCGCCGCGCUCUGGGCGGUGGCGCUGCUCUCCGCCGGGCCCUUCUUCUUCCUGGUGGGCGUCGAGCAGGACGCCGGCGUCGGCGUGGCCCCGCGCCCC